AUGGCCCUCCACCAAUAUGACUUUCUGCUGGCGGUCGGCACGAUCUUUGCGUUCCUAGAUGCAUGGAACAUUGGCGCCAACGAUGUCGCCAACUCCUGGGCCAGCUCAGUUUCCUCCCGUUCCAUCACCUACCUGCAGGCUAUGCUGGGCGCUUCCGUCAUGGAAUUUAGCGGUGCUCUGGGUGUCGGCGGCCGUGUGGCGGACACCAUCCGUACCAAGGUUGUCGACACUACGGCCUUCAAUGACGAGCCUGCCUUGCUCAUGCUCGGUAUGGUCUGCGCUGUCAUUGCGUCCGCAAGCUAUCUUACCAUGGCUACCCGGCUGGGCAUGCCCGUCUCGACGACCCAUUCCAUCCUUGGCGGUGUCUUGGGUAUGGGCGUCGCCGCUCUCGGUGGUGAUGGCAUCACUUGGGUGGGCUACAAGAACGGAAAGGUCGACCUAAAGCAGGGCGUGGUGCAGGUCUUCAUGGCAUGGAUCAUCUCGCCCGUGAUGGCAGGAGCCUUUGGUGCUUGCAUAUUCCUCCUCACCAAAUACGGCGUCCUUCUACGAUCGAACCCGACUAUGAAGGGUCUGAUGCUCGUCCCCAUAUACUUCUGGCUUACGGCUUCUCUCAUCGUCAUGUUGCUCAUCUGGAAGGGCGGUGACUACGAGGUCAACCUCACCGAUGCGCAAAUUCCGGGCGUCAUCGUGGCCGUUGGUGCCGGCUGGGGUCUGCUCAUGGCCCUCUUCCUCGUCCCAUGGAUGUACCGUAUCGUCGUCAAGGAGGACUGGCAGCUCAAAGCCUGGCACAUCUUACAGGGGCCAUUCCUGCUGCGACGCGGCGAGGUUCCUCCGCCGCCUGCCGAUUUCAAGGGCGUUGUGCGCAACUUCUACGAAGGCCACCUGACACGGGAGGAGCUUGACGCUCGCCGAGCACGCACUGCCGCCGCCGCCACCAAUGACAUCGAGGGCCAGCAUGAGAAGACGGCUACUGGGUCUGAGACUCCUACCCCGGGCCCCGAGGACUCUGCGCCCACUCACAAAUCCCUCGUUGGUCCCAAGCCGGAUGCCCCAUGGCAUACUCGCGCCUACAUGUGGUGGUUCAUGAAAUGGCUUGUUCUUCGUGGCGUUGAUCAAGACAUUGUCAGCUCGCAAAAGGACAAGUCCGUCAUCGCGGGUGAUGUUGAAGAGAUCCACGCGCAUGCGAAGCACUACGACAACCGUACCGAAUUCCUCUACACGUUCCUCCAGAUCAUGACCGCGUCCGCCGCGUCAUUCACCCACGGCGCCAACGAUGUCGCCAACGCCGUCGGCCCAUAUGCCUCUAUCUUCCAGAUCUGGCAGAGCGGCGCGGUUCCUCUCAAGGGAGCCAACGUGCCGCUGUGGAUUCUGGCCUUUGGCGGCGUGGGCAUCGUCAUUGGUCUCUGGACCUACGGCUAUCACAUCAUGCGAAACCUGGGCAACCGAGUGACGCUCAUGUCGCCGGCGCGUGGCUUUUCCAUGGAGCUGGGCUCCGUCAUCACGGUCAUUGUCGCCACUCGUCUUGAGCUUCCCGUAUCGACAACGCAGUGCAUCACCGGCGCCAUUGUAGGUGUCGGCCUCUGCAACGGCGACUGGCGGGCAAUCAACUGGCGGAUGGUCGCGUGGAUCUACCUCGGCUGGUUCAUCACGGUGCCCGUGGCCGGUCUCAUCUCGGGCAUUCUCAUGGGUUUCAUCAUCAACUGCCCUCGUUGGUAG